GGAAAAUGAAGAAAUACGUUGAUAUUAUGAGCCCGAGACCUUGACCCAACAGAUAAGAAGGAAAACUGCAAACUGACACGAAAAGGACAAAAUUCCCAGCAGAUAUCUCAUCAAUAAUUGUCAGUGUUAUAUAAAGUUGGAACAUGCAGGGUGACAGUGAAGUCAAUGGGACCAACGGUCACCAUUUACCGGUCCUCACUAUGGACACAGUCAAUCCACGCGUCCGCGAGAUGCAGUAUGCCGUGAGAGGCCCAAUCGUUGUCAGGGCAACAGAGAUAGAGAAAGAACUGAAAAAUGGUACCAAGAAACCAUUCACUAAGGUGAUGAAGGCUAACAUUGGUGACUGCCACGCUACUGGUCAGAGUCCAAACACGUUUUUACGCCAAGUCAUUGCUCUCUGUUCUUAUCCUCCAUUGCUUGAGUCUUCAGAGUUUCCAAAAGAUGCUAAAAGCCGUGCCCGUAGAAUCCUCGGAGGAUGUCGCGGUGGAAGUGUGGGGUCUUACAGUGCCAGUGCUGGUGUAGAUCCUAUCCGGGAGGACAUUGCAAACUACAUUAGCAAACGGGAUGGCAUCCCUAGUAAAGCGGAGGAUGUGAUUCUUUGCACUGGAGCCAGCGAUGGUAUCAAAACUAUUUUGUCGAUGUUGAUGACUGGAAAAGAUGGUAAAGAACGUGCUGGUAUCAUGAUUCCAGUACCGCAGUAUCCUCUGUACUCGGCAACACUGACCGAGUACAAUGCUUUCCAAAUACGUUACUAUCUGAAUGAAGAAAACAACUGGUCGCUUGACCUUGAUGAACUGAAAAGGGCUCUGAAUUCCUGCAGGGGUGAGUGUGUACCUCGUGCCAUCUGUGUCAUUAACCCUGGAAAUCCCACGGGCCAGGUAUUGACCAAAGAAAAUAUUCAGGACGUCAUACGAUUUGCUUCGGAUAACCAUCUGAUGAUACUUGCCGAUGAAGUCUACCAGCAUAACAUCUAUGCCAAGGGAUCAGCGUUCUUCUCCUUUAAGAAAGUGUUGACAGAGAUGGGGCCGCUAUACAACAAAGUGGAGCUGGCAUCCUUCAUGUCUGCCUCCAAGGGAUAUCUGGGUGAGUGUGGCUUCAGAGGUGGCUACUUUGAAGUGAUCAACAUGUUACCCGAUGUGAAAGCUUGCCUCCUGAAAUCCAUUUCUGCCAAACUUUGUCCACCUAUUCUAGGCCAGGCUGUGAUGAGCGUUGUUAGUAAUUUCCCGACUUUAGAUGAGCCAUCUGGAGCUCUCUAUGCCAAAGAGAAGGAAGAAGUUUUAGCAGGUCUUGCUAGAAAAGCCAGGAUGGUCACAGAUUUGUUCAACUCUAUUGAAGGAAUCAAAUGCAAUGAGGUCCAGGGAGCAAUGUACUCCUUCCCUAGGAUUUUCCUCCCUGACAAAGCUGUUGAGGAGGCCAAACGCAGAGGCCAGACUCCGGACUCCUUCUACUGUUUCCAGCUCCUAGAGGAGACGGGUAUCUGUACAGUGCCAGGAAGUGGUUUCGGUGAAAAGGAAGGCACCUAUCACCUCCGCAUGACCAUCUUGCCACCAGAGGGAGAAAUUAAGGAUGUGCUUGGUCUUUUUAAGGAGUUUCAUACAAAAUUCAUCAAAAAGUAUCAGUAAAGUUUAAGGAGAGUUCCAACAAUGACUGGAUCCAUCAUCAAGAAACCUGACAUAGUUGAGAAAUGUCAAACUGUGAUGGGACAGCGGAGCUUGUGCCUGGUCAUCAUCGAAAAAGGCCGAAAACGACAUCAUAAGGUCUUGAAGGUUUUAUUUUGGUUUAUAAAUCAUAUUUUAUUUUGUGAGUUAAACAUUCAGUGCUUACUGACCGUCUUUUCUUGAAAUCAUUGUCUGAAAAAGUAAUUUUCUGUCCCUAGAGCAAGUGCAGGAACCAAAAACUUAAUGAAUAUUACUGUUUUAUUAUCCCCGAAACUUGUGUAGUCCCAGAUUUGCUCUAUAAAUGAAAAUGUUCUCAUUUUAAUGGAAAUGUUCUGGAUUUAAAAACAACAGAGUAAUAUAUAAUCAGAGCUUGUGUUAUAUUGGCCCAUUUCCAAAGAUAUUUUUAAUUUCUUAAGAGUAACCACCUGUAUGAUAUAAUUGAAGAUUCAACAUUCUUGUUAUUUCAUUAUUUAAGAAGUUUCCAUGACACCACUGUUUUACGAAAUGAAACAGAAUAAUUGGUACAUGCACUGACAUUUCAGCAAAAAAAUCCAACAUAAACCAAAAGAGUGUCGGCAAGUCUUUUAUACAUUGAAUGUUGUACCUGAAACACUGCAUGUAUGUAUACGUCAACUAUCCCAUGGUUUGACAUUUUAGAAUAUAUCUGUUUUUACUGGAGCUUUAACAGUAAUGUACAUGAUGUGCAUUGUUAACUAUCGCAAAGUUUGGCAUCAUGGAUCACAGAUAUAUAUUGUUUUGUAUAUACAUUGCCAUAGUUGUCAACCCUGUCUCAUUGGAUGGGAGACUCCCUCAUUUUGACCAAAAUUUACCAAUCUCCCCCCAAAACUCCUUCAUUCAAGUCCAAACUCACACAACCUCAAAAUCUACAACCUGUGGUGAUCAAAUGAUCUCCUAGUUACUGCAGGGUGUAUGUAAUGAUCAUAACAGGUGUGUUUGAAUCAAAUGAAUGCUUUUUGGUUUGAUUCCAAUAUAUAAAAAGGUGGAGAUAACUUGAGCAAAGUAGUUUCAGUCGUGUUCCACGCACUUUCUUCCUCAUUGGAAAUGUGGAAUGAGGGAGAUCUCCCUCAUUGGAGGUUUCAGAGGCUGACACCUAGGCAUUACUAAAUAUCCCAGGGUUUGGCAUAGCAUUAUGCUGUACCUAAAACAUUAAUAUUACAUGACCACAGUGGACUGGACUAAACCUUUAUAGUCUCCCCUAUGGUUUACAGUCCUCAGUAUACAGAAAAGGGCAUGCCUUAUUUCCUUGCCAGGAGUGCCUAUAUUAAUUAGGACCACAUUGUUUUUACUUAUCAUGAUGAUAUCAGGUCCAAUAACAGCACAGUACAGUACAGUUUACCAAUCAAAUUACCUCCAGAAAGUAAUGUAUUUUAGGGAUUAAUGUUGAAAAUGUUAAGCAGAAAAUAUUGAUGUCGAAUCGUUCUUGUUUUCGGUGAGUACAAUGUAUGUACACGUAAUUGAUUAAAUUAACUAACUGACAUUAGGAUAAUGAUUAGAAAGUGAAGCCAUAACACAAUCAGUCGAUACAAUAACAUAUUAUUCUUUACUCUAAUAGUGAUUUGCAAAAUUGAAACUUGAAUAAGCUACUGAUACUUAUAUGUGAAUUGGAACACACGAACAUUUAGUAAUUGUACUUACUGCUGCUGUAGAGACUGAGGUACAACGAUCAUAAUAAGCAUUCAGUUUUGACAACUGAUGCUAUUUUUAUUAACUUACAGGUAACAUAUAUAUGUGUUCAUCAUCAAGGCAUUUUUUACAUUUAUGAUUUUUAUUAAUGACAAUUAUAUAAAUGUCAAUUAAGUGGACCCAGGUUGAGACUAAACAAAACCAGAAUUGGCUGCUUGCUUAAGGAUUUUUUUUAAAACUUUCAAGUCAAAACCUUUUUUUACCCUUCCUUAUCUUUUAGAUUUUGAUGCGACUAAUCCUCGUAUUCACCCAUAUAUAUGUCAAUGCAAAUCUACCAUGUACUGCCUAUUUUUUAAAUUAUGAAAUUAUGAAGUUUUUAAGGCUUUUUUUUAAAAAACAAUAUCUACAUUCAAAAACCUUUUAUUAUCUCAUUUAAUAUUGUAGAGAUAAAAGAGACUCUAAGUAGAUAUGUUAUAGACCAUUACAAAUAUUAUUGACCAAAUAUUAUAAGAGAUUGAUUGAUUGAGCAUUUUUUACCAACUGGUGCAAUUUUUGUUAUCAAAGAGUUUGUCACAUUUGAAUUGCCAAAAGUGAUUAAAGCAUUUUCUAUCGACCAAAACAGGAUUAGUGAUUUGAGAUUUUAGGGACAGUGAGGAAUUUUGUUUACGCCAUAUUCUAUAUGAGUUUGCUGGUUACCUCAACAUUUCUAUGUUCCUAAUGUGAUGUUGUACUACAUACAUGUAUAAGCUUUGUCAUGGUAAUGUUAGUAAGGGAUAACCUGUUCUGUCCUACAUGUUUGUAUAUUAUAGACAUAGAUUAUGUUACACAUAUGUGGAUUUCUUUAGAAUUUAGAUAUAAUUACUGAAGAGUUUUAUACAGAUUGAGUACUGUACCGGUACCAGGGCCUAUACUGAUUAGAUUACACAUUAUAUGUGUAUAUAUCUACCUGAGUUGUAUACAGACCUGCCACUGUAACCUGGUUUUAUAGGUUUGGGUUAAAUGCCAUCUGUAUUAUAUUCAUGUUGUUGAAUAAAUAUUGUCUACAUGGUGGAAUAAUUUCGAAAAGACAUACAAGUCUAGUGUAUAUAUACAUUUUCCAUUAAACAGAAAAGGGGAUUUUCUAAAUAUAUAUCUUGUUUUUAAACAGAUGGAUAACGUAUGUACGUAGGGCUUAGGUUGUAUACUAAAUCAUGAAAAUGAUCAUAUAGUCAAUGUAAAGGUUCUUUUUGAUAUAAGUAUUUUGCUCUAUAUUUUGUUUAUUAAGAGGUCCACACUGAUGUCAUCAGGGCAGUGAACACAGUGUUUUCCUAGAUCUAUUUUACGCUAUUAAAGUUUCCCCUAAGGUAGCCCCAAAUAACAACGAAUUUGAGUUGCAUACAAAACAAAAUUAAUCACAGACACAAAUUAGUAUAUCCCAAGUCAUCUUAAAAGGAGUUUUACAAUGAUAUUGUUCCUGUGUGUGUUACAGUUACCAUUGUUUUGUAGCUAAUCAAUGCAGGUGCCCAACUGACAGUUCCGGGAGCUGUAGGGCAUAUUACUGUAUACCAAGAAAUUUCCCUUGCAUUUUAUUUUUAGCCUUGUUUUCCCCUCCUUAAAGAGGACGAAUUUAUUUCCUUACAGCCAACAUUUGUAAAAAAAACCCAUGUAAUUAAAUGUGAAGAGCCAAUUUGAAAAUGGGCAAAAAAGCAUUAUUACUGUCAAAGGACAAAAAUUCAUCAGAGUAAAACAUUUUCCGGUAAACAGUAUUAACAUUGUGAAACUUUGGUAACUGUAGAAAUCGAAUUACAGGUUUACCUUUGCUUUUGUUUAUUACAAGUACUAUGCUAUAUUUGACUCCCACAAAUAGUGGAUUGUGUGUUUUCAACCAUACCGAGUAGGUAAUCAUGAUCUAUUGUUGUAAUGAUAAAGAACUGUAUGUGAUAACUGUCCUUUCUUAGCUCCAAUUUUUCCUCAAAUCAAAAGACGUUUGAGAGGGCUUGCAAUCUUAGUAUUAUUAAAUAUAAACAUUUAUGAUUUCUUUACAAAUUUUCAAACCUAUGUGUAAUUAUUCAGUCAAUGUCACCAUUGUUAUGUUAAUGUAGCCUUUUAAAUGAUUUCAGGGCCAAUUUCUUACGGUAUUAUUUUCCUGCUUCAGUGUUAAAAAACAAAGACCUCAAGAUAAAAAAAGCCCAGCACACACGUGUUAUAACAGGAUAUGUAAACAAUUCAGACAAAGGCUGUGCUAUAUGUGUUUGAAAGGUCAAAAAGAGUGAAAAGUUUACGAAAUUUGACUUAAAACAUACAUCAGUACUAUUUUUGUAAUGCUAUUGUUUUCAAAUUACUGUAUUUUGUAAUACAAUUUGGGAACAAAUAAUUGUUGGGACUAAUUUCAACCUUUACCAGUACUAUAAAGUCCUCAUUCACCCCUGAAAUUUCAUAAUGAACUAUUCCAACCUUUGAAUUGGAAGAGUUCAAAUGUGUCUUCAAGGGUGAAUGAGUUUAAGGAUGUGAUUAUAUAUAUACCCAUGUUGAAGGAUCAUAGAUGUUCGAUAUUUAACAUUAUGUAAUGUUAUUUACUGGGUGUAGCAAUCUUUGACAACUUUAUAAGAAUGGUAUUAUUGAUCAGUGCUAUUUACUACAUAUAGUCAUCAUAAGAUCGAGUCAGUACUACUUUACACUGUGAUAGUUAUAAAAAAAACAUGUUUUAUUGUUAACUGUCAGUAUUUCAUUAUUGCAGCAUGUUAUUAAGUUUAUUAAGUCCAUUCCCAUGUAAAGUAGUUUUCUUAACUGUUGUUAUGGCUGCAUAUUUAAUGCAGUUAUUUGUUAGUUUUUAGGCGUUUAGUGUAAAUGUAAACUUUUAGUUUAGUUUUUAACAUGUUUCGUUUAGUAUAAACACUUUUCGUUUGACAAUACAUACUAGUCAGAUGUAUGAAAAUACCCUGUAAAAUGAUACCUGUUGCUGUAUUUUGUUCACAUUUUGUUUGCUAACUAUAAGGACAUCUUUGUAUGUGCCAUGUGGUCAGUAUUCUUACACACAAAACGUUGUCCUGCCUAUCUGUAAUUUUCACCUUGUUUCAUUUAUUGGAAAUUAAGACCAGGGCCCUUACUCAUGUUAAGCAUUGAUUCUGUGCUCUAACCAACUUUCUUGCAACUCGCUUAAAUAGUGUGACACGGCCAAAGUUUAAAUGUAAAUUUAAAAACCCCGGUAUCCAGCUUCAAGUCUCUCUAAAAUUCUUCCACAUCAUUAAAAAAAGUGGAUUUGUUUUGUGUAACAACGGCAGAAGAGAUUGGGCUUGAGUACAGAAUUUGAGCAUGAAAACGGUUUCAUAAAUACAGGCUCUGGUCCAGAUUGAUUAUUAAUUUAUUACGAAACAUUUUAAACCGGUAACGAUCUCAAAAUACUUAAUUUAAUUACUUCCGAAAAUAGUUUAUUUCAUUAAAAAAGUUACGUAUAAUUAAAGGGAAUUUGCAGGCUUAUUUUAUUGACAAGUAAACCAGUAUUACGUAAAAAUGCAAUUCCCUUCUAGUACAAAUAUUCCUUUAAUUAUUUACAGCUGUAAUUAUUCAUUUACAGUCAGAUUGCAAGAAACUCUACUCCAAACAAAACCUUUUAGAAGUAAAAGCAAAGUGAAA